AGCGGUGCAGAAGUGUGGUGAAGUUCUAGCAUUGCAUUUGUGCCGUGUGUAAAGAGCCUGUGUGCAGUGUUGCAAAAUACAUAACGAAUAAGCAUAAUUUUAGCAGUCUACCAUCGUUCUUUUUUGUGGCCUUUUUGGAGGCAAUUUUGUGUGUGGCGGUUUUGUUUGAUUAAUUGCGGAUUGCGCGUGCAUGAGUGUGUGUAUGUGUGUAUGUGUACAACUAAGAAGCAAAAGUUAAUGUAAGAAAAGCGGAAAACAGGAUUCGUUGGCGACGCCGGAAGCUGCAAGCGAGAAGCAACAGAAGCAUAACAACGCAACAACAACAGCAGCUGCAAUUGAAUAUUUUCCAUUGGCAGAAAAUAUUCAUUUUGUAGCGUGCAAACGAAAGCAACUCGCAGCAGAGAAAAUGUCGGUUUCGUCGCAGGAUUGCUGCUAUCCAGCGCUCUGCGUGCCGCUGGUCCACUUCUUGUGCUACUGAGAGGUUUGGAACCAAGCGUGGAAUAUUGCUACAAUCCGUGCACGGUGACUAACCGAGAAGCUAGUCGUCUGAGAAGGGGAGUAAAGUGUUGCCAACGUGUGGAAACGAAGCGGGAACAGGGUCCCAUUUCUCCAGACGGAACCCCGACCGGAUCAGUGUGUGUGUGUGUAGUGGAGUGAACGACGAUAGUGUCAUUUGGAGGUGGAGAAUCAAGCAGAAUACGCGAUGAAACCACCGAGCAUUGAUAUGUCAUCAACCACUAACAACAUCAACAGCAACACGAUCAGAUCACCUCCGGCAGCUUCUUCACCGACGAUAGUGACACCUAAUUGUAUUGUAAAUAGUAGCAAUAACGUAUGUAGUGGCAUAAGCGGAACGGGCCCUGUUGCGGGAGGCGCAGGGUCAAGCAGUAGCUGUAGCAGCACAACAACUCCGACACAUACCGCCAACGGAAGCGGAACAGGAGCGACAGUAUCAGCAACAGCGGGAACCGCCAACAACAGUAGCAGCAGUGCGGGAAAUAGCCCAAGCUGUUUCAUCAAGCCAUCGCUUUCGUUAAACUCGCUACCACCACAGGGACCUCCAGAAGGAUCGGAGAUGGCUCAACACAGGCUUCGUAUCGAUAGGCCUUAUAAUAGCUUAAAGAAAAAACGCGACACAGAGCGAGAACUGUGGCGAAGAUCAUGGGGCAGUGGGCACAGUCAUAGCUCGUGCAGUUUGCAGAGCAGCACCACAAACACCGGGCUCGGCAAGGACGAUUUCUGGGCGGCCUUGCAGACGAACUACAACUUCAUAAUGGACACCAACCUGCUCGAUAGUUGCCGAGAGGCUCGUGGCGAGAUCGAGGGGCCCGUCUUUCGGGAUGACCUCGAGGAUGACGUCAACUGUUGCCGGAAGGCACUGUUUAAACCAGCACAAACGCACCGCUUCUAUGGCGAUCCGCGUUUGUUGCGACAAUGGAUCAAAGAGAUGGAGAACCGAGUGGCCAAAGUACCGUCGGUUACGGAAACCAAGAGACUGAGUAUCGAGCAGCUGCAGAAGCUGGCAGUAGAGCACGGGGAAAUUUAUCGCGAAAUCAAAUCGAACUCCCGGGCAGUAGCAGCUUGCAUUCGUAGCUACGAACGUGACCGAAAGUCUGCCUCGUCUGCAUCCGGCAAGGGAUCCCUCACGCCGGAAGUCGAAGCAUCGCUCGGAAGCAGCAGCACCACCAGUGGCCAUAAUAGUAGUAGUGUCCUAUCAACCGCCGAAGGCAAGGGCAAGGAGAACGGGGGCGGUGGAGUGAAAGGAUUAGAGCGGCGCUACCAUCUGCUCUACCUGAAAGCCUUUGAGAUACAGUGCCUUUUGGAAGGACUAUUAGAUAGCAAGACUUCGAGCUCAGAUAAUAACGCCAGCUUGUCGGACACGGAUGAAGAGCCGGCCAACAAGCUAGCCCGCGUUAGCAGCUCCAGCAUCAAAUCUCAGGGUUCUAAUCACAUCGAGACAUUGAAUAAUGAAGAAUGGGUUAAGGUAAAGAAGCUAUCCAACGCUGGUUUCGAUGCCGAUUCAGAAGGCAGCGAUAGUGAAAUUGUGCCCAACAUCAUUGCCUACAGUGGAACGGGCAACGCCUAUAACAGUAGCGGUAGUAGCAGCCAGAAGCAGGACCUCCAUCACCCGGGUACGGGUAGCAUUAGUAGCAGCGCAGUAGCAUCAACAUCAUCACCUAGCUCGGGUAAUCUUAUGAUGGAAGCAGACAUUAACAACCUCUCGACGACCACGACACUUUCCGAUGCCACGACACUGACAACGACAAGCUCGAAAGCAGCCGCCGAAGCCUCCGCAGCCAAUGCCGCGACCGUGCUCAAGGAGAACCUUUUGAACAACAAUAACACAACCAUCGAGAGCGAUAAAUCGAUCAUCGGGUGCGAUUUGGUGGACGGUGGAGCCCUACUGAGCAGCACUCUCGACACGGUCAACAACAAUGCAGUGGUUAAUGGCAAUGCAAUCGUCAAGGAACACACGGAACGUCACGUUGGCAAAGGAACGGCACUCCGUCAUGUAAAAUCGUCCUCACCGAUAGGAUCAUCCGGCAAGCAGAAGCGUUCGAAGGUGAGCGAUUCGUCGAAGUUCAACCGCUCGAAUCGUAAAUCGAAGAAUUGUGCCACGUUUUACUUCAAACAUCGGGACACGGACUCGGAGCUGAACAAGGAUUCAAGCGAACGAACCAAAUCGGAUGAUUCAUCACCCAGUACAUCCUCACCGUCCGCUUCUUCGUCCGAAGGUGACGACGAAUGGGUGUACAACAACGGUGAGCAGGAAGACGAUGACGAUGAGCUACUAGCGGCGACGAGAAAGAGUGCCGAAGAAACGCGUGAAGCCGGUGAAGAGGAGAAGGAAAACAAGCCAGACGCUCAGGUGGAUAAGCAUCAGCGCGAAGAGUUGGGAACGGGUGCCUUAAAGAUGACCGCCGGCAGGGAACCGAAGUCGAAGAAGUGUUUAGACUUUACGCGUGAUGCGACACAAAAGGGCGGAUCUUCCACGCCGAAUGGUCGCAGCGGGGGACGAUCGUUGAUGAUGACGUCGAUUGGAAGUUUCGGCAAAAGCUCGGAUACCGUCAACAGUGCCAAAAGAUCGAAGCCACCGCAGUAUGCAACCAGCUCGAUCCAAAGGUUAGUGCUGCAUGCCGAGACGCUGGUGCGUGACGAAAUUUUCGCCAAAAACGCAGCGGCGGCAGCUGCGGCGGCUGCUGCGUCGGGCAGUACGCCCAAAACGGUGGUGAAAAACCCCAACUACUAUCAUCACCAUCAUCACCAUCAUCAUCAUAACUACAGUGCAAACAAUAGCAGCAGCAACAACAGCAACAGCAGCCAUCAUCAGCCACACCACCACCACCAAACGUCAUCGUUGCCAUCGUUGCCGGGUGUUGUUGGGGUGGGAUCGGGCGUGGGUAUCGCGAGCAUUAUUGCAUCGCACGAACCCCAAUCGCGGCACGGUGCCACCGCGCAUAGUCAGCAUCAUCAUCACCAUCAUCAUCACGGUCACGGUCGAAAGGCGGAGAAAGCCAUGAGCAAUCUGAAGAUGAAUCUGAUCGAGGAAUGGCUUGAAAAGCAACCGUUGGAUGCUCCGGUGUCGGCACCGCUGCUACCAGCGUCGGUACCCACGACCGACUGUGAAGCGUCCGGCGAGUACACCGAUUCGGAUUCGAUCGCACGCGACACGGACAGCUCGGAAGGGUUGGCCAACUCGGUUGCCACCUGCCUGCAGGGCGAACAGACCCAAACGUCCCAGGAGUUGCUAAACGAUGGUACGUCCUACCCGUCGGAGAACUCAAACGAUGUCUCGAACGACGACGAAGGCGUUGCAACCGAUUCGAAAGGCGGAAGCUCUGCCGCAUUGACGAGGAGGACGGCCACAUCCACCGCACCGGGAGGAGUAUCGGCCGCUAGCUCAAGCCCUUCGCUACCGAUUUCGGUAGCGCACGGUGGUGGCCCCACCAACAGCGGCAGCACAUCGACGGUAGUAAAGCGUAGACCGCAUCGUUCCGCUACCGACCGGCCCUGGUCGGUGUCGUGCAUGUCACAGCUGAAUUCAUCCGGCGUGGAAAUUAAUCAGUACGGCGGAACGGACAGUGGGAGCGGCGGUGCAACCGACCACCCUGCCACCCAUCAGCAGGGUGCGAGCAGCAGUGGUGGUGACGGUAAUGACACCAGCAACCGACCGCUGACGGAUCAUCGAAACUUUUCGAUCAGCGAAUCGGCACUGAACACGAUGUCCCGCAGUGGCUCGUCGAUGGUUGGAGCUCGCGGCAGCAUGAAACCGACCUCCAGUCAGCAAACCGUCGUGCGCAACUCCGAAAGCAAGGGUUCGCUCAAGAAGCGUAAGCUACGGCCGCGUCGUAAGAAUCGUAUCGAUGAAUCAGGCUCGGAUGAAUCGCAACCACCGCAGCACAGUUCCUCGACAUUGCAUCUGCUCCAGCAGUCACUACUACUGCAGUACAACGCACUCACGGGCGGAAGUGGUCAACCGUUGCGCGAGAUUCAACUCUCCGGUAGCAACAGUAGUGUGGCGGGCGUUGCAAUCACAACCAGUGGCAGCCGGCGGUUACUGAAGUCGGAAUCAUUUUCCGGUCGUUUGCGGCUGUCGGACGAUUUGCUUACGUUGUCCUCACUGUCCGGUUCUUCGUCGCGGAAGUCAUCCUCCGUACGGCAGACGUCGGCUCGGUCGACGAAACGUUCGCAGGACAGUGAGGAAGAGUUCGGGUGCCCGAUGGCGAAGCCCGAGUUCCGGAUCGGUUCACUGACGCGCACCCGGUGCGGCAGUCUCAAUCUAGGAUCAUUAGCAGCGCUUGCUAAUUAUAAUCUAGAUGGUGUGGAGAAAACGGAAACCGACCUGAACGGAACCGGCACUGGCACGGAGGAGAUGAGCAGCUUCUCGGAACAGGCGUGGGAUAAUUAUCAGGAAAAAUACAUGUCCGAACCGUACUCGGAGGAUCGUGAUACCGAUGCGGCCCGGCGGUUACUCGACUUUGGCGAUGACUAUCGGAACUUUAUCGACUCACAGUCGGACUGUGCGUCGUCGUCUUUGUCGGCAGCCAACAUGGACUCGCUGUCACCGCCUCGAUUCCGCCUGAAGUCAGAAUCGGCCAACAAGUUAGAGAUCAACGCUAACUCGCUUAAUCGUCGGAAACGAUUAGAUGAGUACCGAAUGGAUGACCGAUACGGUAACAACAUGAAUUCUUGGUCCAGUAAAUCAGGCAGUCCCCCGCAAUCGUCGACCAACGUGAGUACACGAAAGCACGGUUCGCUUUCGUUCCUCGAGGCAACUCCGCUCGCAACGAUGGUUGAAUCGAGCGUACCGAACGGGUUGAACUCUGGUUCCAUCGGUGGACCUCGUCGUCGUUCGUUGCGUUCGGUAGACAAGCACAACUCGUCGGCAGCAUUCGUGCGCUCGCUGUCGCACGAAACGAGCAGCAGCUCGAACAACGAGUUUGACGAGGACAUGGAGGCGGAGGUGAAGAAGCUGCUGAUCCAGAGCAAGAUCCGAUUCGCCAACACCGAAGCAUUGAAGGCCAAGUGCCAUCUGCUGAAGCCGGACGACUACAGCGAAAUCAUCACCACCUGCCGGGAAAAUGUCCGCUGCCUGGAGUCGGUGUUACGCUGCCAGCCGGGCACGGUGCUGACCGCUGCCAAGUGCCAAGAUUUACGAGAUACAAUCGUCUGCUGGGAAGGGCUGCUCAACUGGAGCGAGCGGCGAGUCAUUAGCAACCAGUUCCUGGAAGACAUACGCUCGCUGAAGGAUGUUCUGGAUGAGCUGGGCAGCAAGACGUUCAACAUCUGCUCCGAAUCGCACAUCCAGCUGGCGAUCGAUCAAUUGAAGAAUGAGCACAAAGUUCUGCAGAACCAACGGCCAAAGAUGCUCACGUUGAAUGCAACCGUACACAACUGGGUGUCGAAUCAGGAGCAGCAGCGUAAGGAACUGCUGGACCCGUCCGUUGACACACGGUUGGAGCAGCUGGAACGGGACAAGAACUUUGAACGCUGCAUUGGUGGCCACUGUGUUGAAUGCUACGAUUGUCUGAACGAUAUACGUCUGGAUACGUCGGUCAAUCGCGAGCUGAAGUAUGGUAUUACCACCCUCUACAGUACCUGGGAUGAGGCCGAAGUGCGGCUAAGAAACCGCAUCGAAAAUCUUACCACCUCCAUGAUGACCUGGAAGCAGCUGGAGGAUGGGUUGAGCGAUUUUCGUAACAUUCUGGAUCGGGACCGUGGAAAACUUCAAGGCAUUGAAGGUGCCCUCCAGAGUGGUGGCGGUACUACCGAGGAGAUCGCGAACAGCGUCAAGGAGGUGGUGAAGGCUCUCUCGGAGAAGGUGGAUCCGCUUUUUCAGGAGCAACAGAACGGUGCUAGCACCGAGUCGGGGCAGUUUCAGCACCAGCAGCAAGAGUUCGCCCAGGAGAACCUGCAGCUAUUGGCACCGGUUCUGCCGGCAAGCGUUAAGCUCUCGUCGAAUGGUUCUCUGUCUGAUAGCGGUAUUUCCGAUGGUGGUGGCAUGUCUGAUGGCAGCCUAUCGGAGCGUGAGCGACGAUUGAACGCACUCAAGCGGCUGGUGAAGCAACUGGAGGUAGCGCUCGCUCCCGGCAGUGACGCAAUGCAGACGAUAACGAAGCGGCUGGAAAUGGCCGAACAUGAUCUGCGCUCGCUGCAGAGCACGUGCCGCAAAAUCAUCAUGAACGAGAAGAACCACCAGGAGCAACAGCUGCAACUGCAGGAGAUGAAGGAUCGUUCCCCGGGACGGGACUCUGCCGACGGGAACAAUAAUAACAGUGUGACGGUGAAAAAUAAGAACAAGAAAUCACCUUCACGCAAAAAGCAUCGAAAUGGUACACAGAGCCGCAGCCAGUCAAACACAUCCGCCGAGGUAACGGAAAACGAAGACGACGAGCAGGUGUUGCACCAGCAGCUUCAACACCAUACCCAAGAGGAGUUACAGCGGGAGCAUUUGCUGGCUAUGCAGAAAUCUGGCCAGCUGGGCAUUGUGCAGACGACCAAGAUGAAGCUCUCGCAAAACCGCUGGGUCUGGCGCAUCACCAAGAUUGCGGUACCCGUCCAACUGGCACUGGUACUGGUGAUGUGCGCUGCUUGCUUCUUUGAACCACACUGCUGCGAUGCGCUCAACACCUAUUCGAUGAGUUUUACGCCUCAGUUGCGGUACAUGAAGGGACCACCUCCGAUUUAGGGCAAAAAUGAGCGAAGAUGGGGACUGCUCACUGCGCGGUUAAAUGCAUUCGCCAGUACCGCUUGCGUACAAGGCGGGUGCGGAAUGCGCGGGUGGGCGAUUUUAAUGUAUUGGAUAGAUUUUUAUAUCCUGGAGAUAUAACGUUGGUUGAUUAGUUUCUAACUGUAUAGGCAUAUAUACAUGGCUUUUCUAGCCCGGUACCAUCGGUGGAUGGUUCGGCAAAGGUCGUAAUACUUCCAAUUGUGUUGCUAUAUAUUCUAACCCAUUAUUAUUUCCUUAAAGUUCUUCCUAUGUUCAUUAUCUUGUCAACUUUAUGCUGUAAGGAUUCCUAUAUAGGUUCUAUAUUUUUUCUCGUAUUUUAAUCUAUUUUUUUCUGUUUCAAUAGAAUCUAUAUUUAUUAGUUCGUUAGCUUCGAAUGAAAUGUACAAUUCUAAUCGUUCGCUCGGUCGUUCGUUUAGUGAUGUUAUUUAAUCGUUUGCAUCGUUUAAGAUAAAUUUGUAUGAAUUAAUGGCCUGUUUUUCAAAUAAGUUUGAUUAAUUACUUAUCUACUAACUUGGUCCAAAAAGGGGCAAUAGUUGGAAGAUGGAUUAAAGUUUUUGUGUUGCGUUCAUGAUCAUCAUUUCCAAAAUCAAUAGCUACGAACGUAACUUUCAUCAUUGUGAAUCCUUAUUGUACCGCAGUAAGAAGUACUAACAGUUACAGUAAGAUUUCUAACAACAACAAAAAAACAAACAACUUAAACAUUUGGUUAAGAUGCAUAUGGCAACAGAAAACAAACGUGCAGUAUGUUCUAAAAAAAAACAACGAAUCAAAACAGUGCCUUGAAGAAGCAAACAGUAACAGUAGCAGUGGCAACAUAGCAAAGGUUGUGGAACACAUUCUCAACCAAACUUACCAACAAAAAUCAGUGAAAAGACUGUGUUUUUUUAUUUGCAUAGAACAGGCGAUGUAAUUUUACAUACAUAUUUCCAUCUCCAGUGAUAAUAGGUUCUUCUCUCCUGCCGUAGUACAGUUUAAUCCCGUUUGUUGUUAAACGCCUAAUUCAACAAGCGAAAUAGUUAGAUAGAAGAGAGGAAUUGGAAUAUACUAACAAACACACUGCCGUUUUGUGUUUCGACCACACGCUACUUAUUCCCUGCGCGCUUGUAAGAUGUUUCGUUGAGAAUAAUGUCUCGAUGCUAGCAGAGUAUUUUCUGUCUCUUUUCAAUGAGACACCGGCGCCCUGAAAUUGUAUAUUUUUUGUUAGAAGGAAAAAAAACGGUCACUAUAUAACAGAAAAGCGUACGGUUGAUGUUUCGUGUACCAUGUGUUACUAAUGCAUUCGGCGUUUUAUUUCCGUACGUACUAACCCACUACUAUCUUACCCCGUCGUAAUAUGUUGUUCGUGGACUAGUUAGUUAUAAUAGAAUUGUAGCCAUGUGCGGUUAGGCUCGUGACCUUAUGUGGAGUUUUUUUUUUCUUUUCUUGCGCGCCUUUUUCGGUGGAUGCCAUCUUUAAAUCGGUCCAUUCCUUGCUCUUGAUUGUUUGUGCACAACAAAACAAAAACAAAACCGACAAAUAGGAGAUAAGGAAGUCGAUUUUAAGAAAUCCGCUGCCGCGUUACUUCCGGUACUCUUAUACACACACAAACACACACUUAUUAAUGGCCAAGAGUUUAAAAGUUUAUUAUUUUUGCGCUAGCACGUAAGUCCGUAAGCAA